AUGGGUUCAAUUGAAAUUGAUGGCAUUGGCAAGGGUUACUUGAAAAAAAUGAGACUUAUGGGAAUUCAAAAUGAAUAUGACAUUCUUCAACGCUUCAAAAAGAUUGAAGAUAAAAGUUGGGAAGAUGAUCCACCCGACAAAGAGGACCCGACGAGGGUUUUUAUAGACGGACUCAUCAACAUUAUUAGCAAAAUUCGCUAUCCACCGAAAGGAAUAGGAGAAAAAGAUGCCAAAACAGAAGUCGAAAAUGCAAAUCAAUUGAUUGAGAAGGUUGAAGAAUUGACUAAAGAAAAAAUGAUCUCAAAAGACACCCGAAAGACGACCGCCGACAUCGUGGAGGGAUUGAAAAACAAAUCGGGCGACCCAGCUAUAUUCAAAACGUUUUUGUGCUGUCUCCUGAUGUCCGAUUCUUUAAAAAAGAAUGAGUGCGAUGUUUUUUCCGGAGUGUUUAAGAGUUGGGAUUGGUUGCAGAAGCUGGACCAAGUUGGCGACACUGAAUUACAACAAUUAUUCGAAACAGAAACUGCUAAGAUAUAUCGAAAAGUACGGACGCAAAAUGUAGAAACAGGAUUCAAAAGAAUAAUUUCAUUGAUUUCUGAGGACGGAAAUAAAGCCCUUGAAAUGGGCAAAUUGCAUUCAUUUUGUGAAAAAGAGGAAGUCAUCCGAGAUGAGUUUUAUAAAUUUUUCACAAACUGUAAGAUUACAAGACCAAACUUUACUCGCUGUUACGCGAGCGUAAAACAACUCCUGUCGGAGUUCGCCAAAAUUACCCAAACGAAUGAAAAUCUAGAACAUCACCUGGAAUGGGAAGUUGAGGAGAUGCUAAGAGUUUUCCGCCUUUCACCGCCAUCAUUUGAAACAGAAAAUGGGACCAAUCGUCUUCAAAAACAACUUGCCAAUUUAUGGAACAAAGUCAAAAACAAACUCAACGAUCCUGAAGAAUGGAACCGAUUCACCGAGAGCGAGAGCCCCAAAGUGACGACACCUGAUAAUGCAACAGACAGUAGCAGCAACCACGACAAAAUUAAAUGCCUUCAAAUUAACCUGAACAGGAGCAAUGAGGCAUGGGAAAAGCUCAUUCAUCAAUGGUUAGCAGAAGAAAAAGUUGGCGUUGUUUUCAUUCAAGAGCCGUGUCUCAACAAAAUCGGCAACGAACAAACUAACGACUGCUGCUACUACUUCCCCGGCCUACCAAGAAACUACCGGGCAGUUCAUAACAAUUACUUGAUGGACGAAGACAAAAAAUCAAAAUAUGAUCGCAGUGCGGCCAUACUUGUUCACGUCGACGUCCCAUUCGAGCGCAUCCUUCCCAUGGCUGCCACAACCGACAACUACACGCAUCCGCAAGAGCUGAUGGUCGGCAUCCGAUUGACUGGGAAUGGAUGGGAUGGUGUUACCUUGUUCUCCAUCUACUGCCGGCCAAUUAGAAGUCUCGCAUUGCUCUUGAAGCCAUUGCGUUCGUUGGGCAAUCACGACAUGACGGUCCUCUGUAUGGACGCCAACGCAACACAUCCGAACUGGAGUCCAGAUUGGGAGGACAAAGGUUUGUACUCGGGACGGGGCGAAGACCUGGAAGAUUUCCGAGCGUUUUGCAAACUCCAAGUGGCGAAUAGAAAUCUGGAAGACAAAAAGAAAUCAAUUGAAAAACAAGCCACUGAAGAUAAUGAAGGCGACACAAGCGAUGAAGAUAAAACGGAAGCAAACAACGAUUCGGAGCGAAAUUCUAAAAACAUUGACGUGACUCUUUACGGAACUAAAUUAAGGAUCGCGAAAUGGGAGAGACUUGAAGACAAAUCCUCAUCGGACCAUCGUUACAUCACUUUUUCUAUUUUUAGAAAUUACCCUGGCGGAAAUUCCAAGAAAUCGUCGACUCUUCUGAGCGCAUUGGGUGACGGAGGUAUGUCCUGUCUUGGGAGAACUAGAGUCACCAAAAGUCAUCAGUUGGACAACUUGCGGACCAAUGAAGAAUAAUUACUUCAAAUUGUCAAUUGUUUUCUUUUAGUACGCGACGUUUUGUACCCCGUAGCAUUUAAUUUCCUGUGAGUACGAGAAUGAGCUUAUUGUUACCAGUGACGUCAUUUUACAAAAUUAUUAAACGUUGAACAAAAAUGAAUGAAAUUAUAAGCGUUGCCACAGAAUCUGUAGAUGAAUUGGCUCAGGCUGUGGUGGAUUAAUUCAGGUAGAUUAAUUCAGUCAGGGCUGCCAAAAGGCCAAAAGUUGGAUGUUGCGACAGCGCUAAAACGUCAGACGAUAUCGCAGAUGGGAAGUUAGAAUUCAAUUGCACGAUAUUUUCAAUAAACUGGAGAACUCACUUAAAUACUUUCGACGUUAUAGACGAAACCAACUCGGAUUCAAGAGGUUUUCGACGAGCUAGC